AUGGCCCGAUCAUGUGCAUCACCUCGCCGAACCCCGUCCCGGCCACCAUCUCGCCAGUCUACUCGCAUCAGAACCCCCGCCUGCUCAAACGCUAAUUCUCUUCAGACCAAUCAAGAUUCUCAGAGAAGAUCAGAAGUUCCACCAAGCCCUAACAAUUCUACUGGAAAAUCAAAAAGAAAGCAGAAGAGAAAGAAAAGUGGUACUACUGCCGAUAAGAAUUUGGACGAAGUCGAUGAUGUGAUAGAUCACAAACAGGACUCGGACAACGAUAACAUGAAGGAGAUACCGUAA